AGUGAAAAGAAGCAGUAACAUACAAAGUCUCGAGUGGGAAACAGCAGCAACGAGACACCUACGAAGCUUGCACGGCCCCUCUACUUGUACGCGUGUUAGAUGACGCACACAAGCACAUCCGUAUGCAUCAGCAGGCUCGCAUUUACACGUGCUUUGUAUUGAUCGUUUCAUUUUCGUUCAUCCAGUGUCUUUCCCUCACACACAGACACACACGGCGUCCUACGCAUCCACAUAACCUGCAAAUCAGUGUCUCUUUCUUUUAAAAGCAAAAGAAAUAAGCUGUAUUGCCAAUUUGUACAGCGUGCUACCGUAAACGAGCGUUUAGUCGCACGUUCAAGUGUUCUUCUCCGCUCCACUAUCUCUUCUUUAAUUCUUUUCUUUUUUUAAGUACAUAAUAACCUUUCUCCUCCCCGUGAAAGGCGAAACUUCUCGCCAUCACAUUCCGAUCGUGCGCGCUGGAAGUGCGGGGAAAUGAACUCUAGCAGGACGAAGACCGUUCGUAAGGCAGUCUCGCCAGGGAACGUGCGCUCCACCAAGUCCGCGUCGGCCGGGCCAUCCAAGGCGACCCACAAUGCCGUGCCCGACGGACCCGAGCGCAACCCCCUGAUCGAUGACCUUUUCGAGGACCUUAGCUCCCAGUCCGAUGUGCACGGCCUCGGACGGCUGCAGGGCGAGAGCGUCAGUAAUCGCGGUAGCCUCUGCGACGUUAGACAUAACAUACGGCGGACUAGCACGGCCACCUCGACCAGCAUGCGCAGCGGGUCGAACAUGCAAUCGCGGAUGGCGGUCGAUGUGAUUUGCAGGACGUCUCAGCACUUUGUGCACGCCAUGCGCAUGAAUGAGCUGGACGACUUCUUUGUUCCAGCGGCCGGGCUAACCGCCGAGGACGCGCUGCGUCGGCAGUUGCAUAAGAAGACACCGCAGGAAGUCGAGACGGUGGUGCAGGUGCUGGUGGAGUUGCUCGAAGAGGUGCGCAAGGCACGCGCGCAAGUGGCCCCCUGGACUGGGUCCAUUGGACUCUUUGAAGGACGCGACCGCGCCUUGUCCACCAGCAUUUUCUCCACCGUUAGCACGGCCAGCCUCUUGCGUCCACCGGUGCACGAGACAAGCCAGUUGGCCGUGGCCUACGACCAGGAAGGCAACCGCAUGAUCAAUUGCUAUACGAUCAUCGCCAACCUCGGUCAGGGUUCCUACGGCAAGGUGAAGCUCGGCGUCGAUGCGAGCUCAGGCCAGAACGUAGCCAUCAAAAUAAUCGACAAGAAGCACCUCAAGAAAAAGAUCGGCGGCCUCGGCGCCACUGACCAAGACGCGGCGCUGAAGCGCGAGAUUGCAAUUAUGAAGAAGGUGCGCCACCGCAACUGUGUCUCUCUCUAUGAAGUGAUCGACGAUCCCGCCUCGAACAAGCUCUACCUCAUCAUGGACUACGUGCCAAACGGCCCGGUCGUGCGUCUGAAGUCGCUGCAGUUUAACAACGUGGCCAUCAGCGCGAUCGAAGCCGGCGUGCCGCUCAACGGGGAGAUUUACAGCAAGUGUCUCAUCCGGUGUGCGGUGCGGCAGAGCGCUGAUGGCGGUGACGCCCCGCUGACGCCGGCCGAGGCGGCAAGUUUCCCGACCAUUUUCGCGUGCAAGCCGGUGGCACAACACAUCUGCACCCUCUACCUGCGCCAGCUCGUGAGUGGGCUGCGCUACAUGCACAAGCGGCAGCUCGUCCACCACGACAUCAAACCGGACAACAUUCUUCUCGGGUCCGACCACCAGGUGUUUCUCACUGACUUCGGUGUGAGCGAGAUCUUGUCGACGCGCACUUCAGAAGACAAGGAGUCGGUGUCUCUCGAUGGAGCCAGCAACGAAGGAGACAGCAACGGCAACAAAAACAACGAUUCCACCGCCGGUCUGAACGAGUUGCAGAACGGUAGCGAAAACAGCAACGGCCGCGGAGCGAAGCUGGGAGGCGGCACCUUGCUCUUCACCUCCCCCGAGCUUCUCGACCCGUCGGUGGAGAAGAGCGAGGUAGAUCCGUACCUCACCGAUGUGUGGGCGCUCGGUGUGACGCUGUACUGCAUGCUGGUCGGCUUCACGCCUUUCUUCGGCAAGACGCUUUUCGAGGUGCGGCGGAACAUCAUGACACAGCCCUACCCGUGGAAUGGAAUGAACCUCUACGAGGUCCCUUUGGAGCCGGAGUGGAAGAUCAUCCUGGAUGGCCUGCUGGAGAAGGAUCCUAACAAACGUUGGACGCUGCAGAAGCUGAAGGAGUUCCUGGACGAUGAAAAAUUUCUGGUGAAGAUGAAGACGCUCGCAGAACAGGACACGGCUGUGCGUGCCGCGGCGCGGGCGACCAGCCGCGCGUCGCACAGCUUUAAUUUGAAGUGCUCGCGCGUGAAGCAGCUACCGCAGCUCAUCGAAGCGGGCUCGCCGAAAAGGCCUGUAGAGGAUAGCGUCACUACACAGUCUAACCUCGCGUCGAGGGUCAUGUCGGUGCUGUCGGUAGACUCCGGCACUGCGGCGAACAACUUCCUUUCUAACUUUGACGUGUCUCAGGCGGAGCUAUCGCAGGCGACUCGCGCUGCGAAGGUCGAGGUGACUGAACGCAGAGUCGUCGUAUCCGACCACACACGCGCGGUGCUGCAUCGCUGGGCAGAGCGGGUGCGGCAGCGGCUGCGCAAGAGCAACUUCAUUCAGAUGAGCUCCCUCAUUUCACCCGAUGCGCCUCCACCGCCGACGGAGGCGAACCCGUUGGCGGCGUUUCCGGCAAGCGACCGCAAGAUGAGCGACGGCAACCACCACAAUCACAGCGUUCCUUCGCCUCCUGCGGGGCUGCCGCUGCUGCCCGGCUGCGGGUCCUUCCACCGCCCUAGCGCCAGCCCCGUCUCCAAGUUAGCCCUCCCGACGCGCAGCUCCAUCAACACAGACCCGCGACAGCAUUCCCGCCGCCACUCCCGCGUCAGCCGGAACUCGGGGAACGUGGGCGACGGCAACAUCGCCCACCACAUGCGGAACUGCGGCUCGCAGUCGAUUGACGCCAUACUGUCCAUCGUCAACCUGCAGAGCACCUCCAACGCCUUCUCGCACUCCUUCAGCUUUGAGUCGACCAGCAACUCCUCCUCGGAGAGCAGCAGGAUCCAGAUGCCGGUGGUGACGGAAACUGUCGCGGCCGCCGCGGCGAUGAGGCCGGCCCAGACACACGCGUCCGACGACGACGACGGCGACGACGCCACCGCGUCGAGCAGCGGGAGCAUCUCCAGUGUGCCGAACCCGCCCUCCACCGCGUUGAAGCAGACGGCGGUGUGGCGUGGCACGGGUCGGACGCCGUCCACGGUGGCGCACACCCCAUUUGAGGCGACGUCGGCGUCCUCGCCGCGAGACCGCGACUUUCCAUGCGAGGACAGCGAGGACUGCUGCGCGGCCACAAACAGCGCACCACGCAAGCCGAGAAUCGGUCACGGCUUCUUUUCGACGGCGAUUUCCACCAUGCACAGGAGCCCUAGCACGUACAACGACGAGAUCCCCUCGGAGACGAGCGACUGCACCCGGAAGCUUCGCGAAGAUUCCCCUAGUAUUGUGAUGCACAGCACGCCGCUAGCGCCAAAGAAUGGCGAGACAUUUCCGAUCCUGCCGUUGAGUCUCAGCCGCCCCCACAUCGCCGCGAGCACUCUAGCUGGUCCGCUGCAGAACCGCCUCUCCGGUCGCAGGCCUCCGCUGCCGGUGCUUUCGUCCGUAGAAAAAGUGCCAGCGGUGAAACGAACUGCAGAGCAGACCACUCGCUUGUGCAAAUAA